AUGCCUGCCUUCAUCUCUCAAACAUCCUCACAGGUGUCACUCACCGACAUCAAGCUUGAGUGCGAGUCAGGCUAUGUCUCUGGACAAAACUCAGAAUACUCAUCACCAUCAUCAUCAACCACUCUGCCCCAGGUCUCUCUCACCAAGGCCCACAUCAACCACCUCAACAACAUGCUCGAGGAUAUGCACCCCAUGGACAUCCUCCGAUUCUGCAAGGUCAUGUUCCCUAACCUGUACCAAUCGACUGCCUUUGGCUUGACCGGUCUCGCAACCAUGGACAUGCUCUCCAAGAUCCAGAGGGAGCACCCCAACUCUCCCACUGUCGAUCUCAUCUUCCUGGAUACCCUGUACCACUUCAAGGAGACAUACGACCUUGUCGACCGAGUUAAGGAGCGAUACCCUAACGUCCCUGUCCACAUCUUCAAGCCCGAUGGCGUCAACACUACCGAAGAGUUCGAGGACAUGUACGGAAAGGAGAUGUGGAACACCGCCAGUGAGAUGUAUGACUGGAUUGCCAAGGUCGAGCCUCUCCAGCGAGCCUAUGAUGAGCUCAAGGUUGCUGCUGUACUCAACGGUCGUCGACGAUCUCAGGGUGCUGCUCGUGGUUCCAUCCCCAUCAUCGAAGUUGACGAUGAGCGUGGUGUUGUCAAGAUCAACCCUCUGGCCACUUGGUCCUUCAAGCAGGUCAACAACUACAUCAAGGAGAACAAUGUUCCCUACAACGCUCUGCUCGACCAAGGCUACAAGUCCAUCGGUGACUGGCACUCUACAGCCCCCGUCAAGGAGGGUGAAGACGAGCGAGCUGGCCGAUGGAAGGGUCAAGACAAGACCGAAUGUGGCAUCCACAACAAGAAGUCUCGAUACGCCGAGUUCGUUGCGAUGAUGGAGCGCAAGCAACAAGAGGAGAAGCUUGCUGCUGCUCUCGAGAAAGUGGCCCUGCCCAUGGUAUGA